AUGGAAGGUGAGGCAGUUGAAGCUAUUGUGGAAGAAUCAGAAACUUUUAUUAAGGGAAAAGAGAGAAAAACCUAUGAAAGACGCCGUGAAGCUGGGCAGGAGGACGAUGCUUGUCGUAUACCACCAAACCAAGCAGAUGGGGGUGAAGUAGUUCAGGAUGUCAACAGUGGUGUGCAGAUGGUUAUGAUGGAACAGUUGGAUCCAACACUUCUUCAAAUGAAGACUGAAGUGAUGGAAGGUGCAGUGCCUCAGGAAACGGAGGCUACAGUGGAUGACACACAGAUCAUAACACCUCAGGUUGUUAAUAUGGAAGAGCAGCCUAUAAAUCUUGGUGAGCUUCAGCUGGUCCAAGUACCAGUUCCAGUGACUGUACCUGUUGCCACCACUUCUGUGGAAGAACUUCAGGGAGCAUAUGAAAAUGAGGUUUCCAAAGGAGGCCUGCAAGAUGGAGAGCCCAUGAUCUGUCACACUCCCCCUUUACCAGAAGGCUUCCAGGUAGUGAAAGUGGGUGCAAAUGGUGAGGUGGAGACGCUGGAACAAGGUGAACUUCAGCCCCAAGAAGAUCCUAAUUGGCAAAAAGAUCCAGACUAUCAGCCACCAGCCAAAAAAACAAAGAAAAACCAAAAGAGUAAGCUACGCUACACUGAGGAAGGCGAAGAUGUGGAUGUCUCUGUGUAUGACGUUGAAGAGGAGCACCAGGGGGGUUUGUUGUCUGAGGUCAAUGCAGAAAAAGUAGUGGGUAACAUGAAGCCACCUAAACCAACAAAAAUCAAAAGGAAAGCUUUUCAGACAGUCACAUUACUGAGGAAGCACCUCCACACUCACACAGGUACACGCCCUCACAAGUGCCCGGAUUGCGACAUGGCCUUUGUGACCAGUGGAGAGUUGGUUCGGCAUCGCCGCUACAAACACACCCACGAGAAACCAUUCAAAUGUUCAGUGUGUGAUUAUGCUAGUGUGGAGGUUAGCAAUUUGAAACGCCACAUUCGCUCUCACACUGGAGAGCGUCCGUUCCAGUGCAGCUUGUGCAGCUAUGCCAGCAGGGAUACUUACACGCUGAAGGGGCACAUGAGGACCCACUCUGGAGAGAAGCCAUAUGAAUGUUACAUCUGCCAUGCUCGCUUCACUCAGAGUGGUACCAUGAAGAUGCACAUUUUACAGAAACAUACGGAGAAUGUGGCCAAAUUUCACUGUCCUCACUGUGAUACUGUUAGAGCAAGAAAGAGGGACUUGGGUGUCCAUUUGCAAAAGCAGCAUUCCUACACUGAGCAGGGCAAGAAGUGUCGAUACUGUGAUGCUGUGUUUCAUGAGCGAUAUGCCCUCAAACAGCAUCAAAAGUCUCACAAGAAUGAGAAGCGCUUCAAGUGUGACCAGUGUGAUUAUGCAUGCAGGAAGGAGUGGCGCAUGAUCAUGCAUAAACGGACCCAUACUGGAGAAAAACCUUAUGCCUGUAGCCAUUGUGAUAAAACCUUCCGUCAAAAACAGCACCUUGAUAAGCACUUCAAACGAUACCAUGAUCCCAACUUUGUCCCUGCUGCAUUUGUCUGUUCCAAGUGUGGUAAAACUUUCACUCGCAGGAACACAAUGGCCAGACAUGCUGAUAAUUGUUCUGGCCCAGAUGGUGGGGAAGGAGGGAAUGGAGGAGAGACAAAGAAGGGCAAACGUGGCAGAAAGAGAAAAAUGCGCUCUAAGAAAGAAGAUUCCUCUGAUAAGGAAAGUGCUGAACCAGAUUUGGAUGAUAAUGAAGAUGAAGAGGAGACAGCAGUAGAAAUUGAGGCUGAACCAGAAGUUGAGCAAGAGGCUCCUGCACCACCUCCUAGUCAGAAACGAAGAGGAAGACCACCAGGCAAAGCUGCCACCCAACCAAAACAAUCCCAGCCUGCAGCAAUCAUUAAGGUUGAAGACCAGAACACUGGUGAAAUUGAAAAUACUAUGGUUGAAGUAAAGAAAGAACCUGAUGCAGAACCAGUAGAGGAAGAAGAAGAAGCUCAACCUGCUGUAGUGGAAGCUCCCAAUGGAGACCUCACUCCUGAGAUGAUUCUCAGCAUGAUGGACCGGUGA